AUGAGGCCUCUACGAGUGACUGUAGCCUUUUUCUUUGCACCCAUACUAGCAUUUGCCGGCCAAGCCACAUCUGCAAGAGCAGCCUUAUCAGAAAGCAGAUACAGUAGAGCUCACUCCCUGGGAGACAAUUAUUCCUUUGAUCCGCGGGACGGGUGGCAGAGCGUUAAUGUCACCAAUUUGGAAUACAAGUAUAGGCGCAAUACCAGUAAUGGUGAUCGCAGCCAUUCAAUCUCUGACAAGAAAUCGACCGCACAUCCCAAGUCGGGUUUAGGCACGACAAUAAGUAAUGUCGUCAAAGGCGUUUUCCAAGGAUUAAAAGGUUUUGGAAAACCCGAACCCGUAACAAUUACAUGGUACACUGGCCACGAUUUAGAGAAUCCCAGUUGUUGGGCAAACGGGAAAUGGGCACCAACUGAUGAAUCGUUCGCAUGUGCGUUGACCAUGGAAGGAUGGACAACUCGCCCAAAGUGUUUCAAAUUUUUAGAACUCUGCAAAACGUCCAAGAAGUGUGUUUUUGUGCGGGUGGUAGAUACCUGCGCUGGAUGUGCAGCUGGUUCCAAACACGUGGAUUUAACAAAAGCUGCAUUCGGGCAACUUGCCAAUUUUGACGAAGGCAUUUUGACAGUGCAAUUGAGGGCAGCUACUGAACCAGAAGGAUGGUAUGAAAAACUCUGGGGCCCCAAAGUGGACGACAAAGAUUGA